GUCUUUAAUUUUGGCAAAACAAGAUUUGUACAAUUGUACAUCACUAAUUUUGUUUUUUGGCUUUUUUCAUGAUGUUUUGUUGAAGAUUACAUUAUAUCACAAUUAUGAAUCAUUUAUGUUUUUUGUGUAAUUUCCAAUUUGGUCAAUAAUAUUAACAUAUUUUUUCAAAAUAUGGAUUCUUCGAGAAGAAGUAACUCUGACGAUCAACGGUGUAUCCUGGGUUUGCAAGAUUUGAAAAUAUCCAACAAAGACGAAAAUGAUACUGAGCAAGCGCACACUGCCUCAACGUCUAACACCAGUGCCCAAGCAAAGGCUAGACCCGUUGGUGCGAUAGAGAGUUUUACGUUAGAUAGUGCUCCUACUGUUCGUCAAGAUUACAGUUUUUAUGAACGUUCAAAUGUAAUAGCAGCAUCAAAAUUCGCUACCCCUAAGCGCGUAGAGACAAUCGCAUCAAUCAAUAAACGUGAUAUAAACACUACAGCUCUGCCAGCCAGCCCGACGCGAUCUAUAGAUUCCAUUUCGCAAAGAUCACUUAGUUAUCAAACCGAAGAUUUAUAUGAAAUACCAGGGAAUAAUAAUGUUCAAUAUCCUCCACCUGUGUACGAAAAUAUAGAUUACUAUGGGGAGCAACAGCUGACUCAGCCCCCUUAUUACCACCAACUGUAUCAAAAUCCACCUUUAGUAUCCGAAGGGUAUUAUAACACUCGGUACAGUAAAGCUCAACCUCAAGUGCCUGUUAACAACAAAGCUAAAUCAAAUCCAUUGGUAUAUGAAAACAUGCUGUGUCCAGAAAAUGAAAAGAAAAAUGAAUAUAAAGUACAGCCUAAUCUGGAUCAGCAGUUUAUUCAACAAGGCUCAGUUCCUGGACCACAGGUGGCUAAUAGUACUUUAAACAGAAACAGUUCACUCAAAUUGUUAAAUGAUAAAAGUAAAGUAGACAGAGUGCCACCUCCACCACCUUAUAAUCCAUCAGCUGAUAACUCUAGUAGUGAUUAUACAGUUAUGAAAUCUGCUCCACCUAAGUAUACAGAUGUCAGUUCCCUUUUGAAAAAUAACAAUUCUGUUAGUUUUGAUGACAAGGUGGUUACAAUUCCGUCAACAGCAAUUUAUGCUUCAAUUGCCCCAAGUGCUCAAAGACCGAAAGCAAAUAUUGCAACAGAAGUACAGGGGCCUGUAUCUGUGCCCAAGUAUUUUCAUCCAAAACCGCCAGUUGGGAAUGGAUUAGCAAAAGCGAAACCAGCACCAAUAAAUGGAAACUAUGGUGCAAGCCCAAAACCAAUUCCAACCCGGAUGCAAAUAGUUGAAGAUACUAAUGGGUCCGACUAUGUUUGUAUGACAGGUGGAUCUCCUGCUGCAGCUGUGGCCGCAGCAAAUAAAGACAAUGUAUCAUUAGCAUCUGAAACAAUUAGUUCUCGUAAUAUGGUUUCUGGACUGACUUUAUGUUCACCAGCUCAGUCUCCUGCCCCUAGUCCUACUCCCAGCUCAGUCUCUCAAGUAUCAGGGGGUUCUAGAGGUUCUGGGGGACGUGGUAAGAGCUUGCUUCCAUACAGUAUCACUCCACCUCGACCACCUGGUCCUAGUGAAGCACAACGUAAAAUAGAAGAGCUCACUCGGCAACUUGAAGAAGAAAUGGAAAGGCAGGAUGAAGAAGGAGAAUAUUUUGGUAUAUGUCAUACAUGUGGAGCUGGUGUGACGGGUGCCGGGCAGGCAUGUCAAGCCAUGGGAAAUCUUUACCAUACUAACUGUUUCAUAUGCUGUUCCUGUGGAAGAGCAUUACGUGGCAAGGCAUUCUACAAUGUCCAUGGCAAGGUGUACUGUGAAGAAGAUUAUUUGUAUUCAGGAUUUCAACAAACAGCUGAAAAAUGUGCAAUAUGUGGUCACCUUAUAAUGGAAAUGAUAUUACAAGCUAUGGGCAAGUCAUACCAUCCGGGAUGUUUUCGGUGCUGUAUUUGUAAUGAGUGUCUUGAUGGAGUUCCCUUCACAGUUGACGUUGACAAUAAGAUCUAUUGUGUUAAUGACUAUCAUCGUAUGUUUGCACCAAAAUGUGCUAGUUGUGGGAAAGGUAUAACACCAGUGGAAGGAACUGAUGAAACUGUUCGGGUUGUAUCAAUGGAUCGUGACUUUCAUGUCGACUGUUACAUGUGCUGUUUUUGUGGAAUGCAAUUAACUGAUGAACCCGAUAAGCGCUGCUAUCCUCUAGCUGGAAAACUAAUGUGUCGUGUGUGCCAUCUUUCUGCCAUCGGAGCUUCCACAGGACCUGGCAUGCCACCGGCACCACACCUUUCUCCAGCCUCUUACCAGUACAUGGGGUAAACAUCAUAUAUAAAACAAUCAGUAAAAAUUGGACUUUAUAUGGAAUAUUUGUGUGAAUGUUAUUACCUUAUCAUUUGGUGAUAUUGAAAUAUAGACAGAUGGCUUAUUAAGGCGUCUUAGAUAAGUUGGCAAUGAAGUUGGUAUGCUAAAUCAUAAUAAGUAGUUGGUAUGCUAGCCAUUGAAAAGAGACAAUCGGCUAAUUUUGGCUUCGUAGAGCGUUAUCUCUGUCGCACGAAACAUAAACAUUCCAGUAUCUAUUAGGAUUUCUUUUAACUAUUAUGAGUUUCUGUUUAAUUGAAUAACAUACACCAAUUCUUUCUAUAAGUGCUGUCUUUAGAUUAUGGGAAAAAUAAAAUUAAAAGAUCAUUUUAUUAUCAUGUUGAUGUAUUUUUUUUGAAAGUUAAAGAUGUAGAUGCAUAACACCAUUAUAACUAUUGUUAAAAUGACACAAGUCUAUCAUUGUAAUUGUCUAAAUCGUGUUGAAUUAUUUGAUAUUAAUUUUAACAUCGCAAUCGCAACACAGUGCACAUGAUCUACAAGUACGGUGUCCACGAAAAACUCUGAAAACCUAUCCUUGUGAUGAAAUAUAAAAUCAUAAAUCUGGGUUUUCGACAAUUUUGAGUCAAUUGGAAUUUCGUGUCUGGAUCCAAUGAAAUGGUGUUUGAAUUAGGGGUCUUUCGACAAAUUUGUUGUGAUGUGUUCUGUUCUGGUUAUCGACACGACCACGCACCAUGCGUUUUUGAUAACUAUGACAGAACAAAACUCUUAAAGAUACCAUCGUACAUCUUUAAAUUAUUAAAAGUUUGGGGAAUUUACAACUUAUAUAUAAUAUAUAAAUAUAUAUAUAUAUAUAUAUUAAAUCGGACGUGACCACAUUACAUCAGUUGAACAAUGACUGAGAAACGUCACAUAGGUAGUGUGCGACACACAACGCUCUACGAAGCUGUCUCUUUUCAAAGAGAAGGUCGAUGUUCAAUAUUUAUUGAUGGGGACUAAAGUUUCUUUCCAAGACUUUGAUACAAAACUUUUGAUGCCAGGUGGUUAAGUUAAUAUGAGAAAAAAAGUGGUAGGAAAGAGUAUCAAAUGAUUUAAAUUUAUUUCAUGUGUGAUAUAGCAGUUGAUAAAAUACAUUAGAAAAUAUUAAAUCUCUUAUUUGAUUGGUUGCAUUUAUUUUAUAAUUAUUGUCAAAUUAUACAAAGCAAUAAAUUGAAAUGCUCAACAAUUUAUGAUUACAUAAUAGAACAAAAUAAAUGAAUAAGAUAUUUCAGAUUGAAGUGGUGAAAUAUAUAGCUUUAAAAUAGGUAUAUAUAUGACAGCUUGAUAUUAGGUUAAGAGAAAACAGGAUUACUGUUGUUAUUGGAUGUAAUAGUGAGUGAUUGUGAAAAAAUGAAAGUUAGUAGUUUUUAAUAAAUUAAUUAGAGUAAAAAUGAUUGCCUGUCGAUUAGUAGGUACAAAUGAUAUAAUCAUAGAGAGCCAGAAAUGAAAAAUCUUUUUUGUGAUAAAAAUAGUGCGUACUGAAAUUUUGAAUUUUGAAAAAUAAUAAAUUGUUAAUACCACUAUUAUUAAUUCAAUAAAUCAAAUUAGUAGCAUUUUGCAUAAUACAAAAAGAUUACUCAGAAACACAUUUAUAUUUUACAUUUCGUUUAAUAUGUGGUAAAAUGGAAAGUAAAACAAUAUCUGUUAUUUUUUUUUUACUUUGUUGCAUUUACUAAUAAUAUUAGAUGACAGCACAUCUGGCUUUAUUAAUAAUAAAUAUCUAUCUCCUUACAAUAUUUAUAGUUUUAAUCAUAAAAAUAGAAGAAGUAAUAGCACCAUUAUAAACAUUCCAGUAAUGUGCUGUCUUGUUCUGUAGGUACUUAAUUAUAAAA